CCCUCCCGCUCCACACCUCGCGCUUUGAGUCCCUCACACACACCCUCGCAUACAGAUGCUCAACAGAGCCAUGACCACCACCACAAUUCAGUCACGCGUAAUAAAAUAUACUUUGCAGCCGAACCCAGGCCAUCCGUCACCACCAUGGACAUCUCACUUUUGCCGUUAUCAGUACGAGCAGCAUUGUCUACAGCUACCUUACUCACCUCCUCCCAACUCCCAUCCUCGUCCUUGAUUUGCUGUUGACCAAGGCACGCCUUUCCCCUACCUCCUACCACCUGAGUGCCCUGGACGCGAAGCAGCACCUCAACGCCCUCACAUAACGACUCAUUAUGUCUCCUCCGCAUCCUCCUCCAUCAUGACCCCCAUCCACUCAAACCAUGAGCUAUAACCACGCCGAACAAAAGGAGCUCGAUGACCCCAUCGAACCGUCAAUCUCAGACUCCACAAGCUCAGAUGUCAGCGCUGAUGAGAAGGAGGAAGAGGAAGAGCAAUGGCGUCCGGACGAGGAGAGGGAUUCGCUCCCGUCUCUCCCGGCCAUCAAUACCUCCAAACACUCUCGGCCCUCCAAGAGAAGCAACCCAUACCAGCAACGUGGCAUUCUGAAAUUGAGACCUACUGAAGAUGACCUUCCCACCAGUUGGUGGUUCGCAUCCACUGCAAUUCCCUUGAUCGCCGCCACAUUUGCUCCCAUGGCCAAUCUCAUAUCCAUUGCUGCCCUGGUUGUCCCGUGGAGAAAUAAUGUCGUCGAUUUCGAUGACCCAGCCUUGUAUCAAUCCACCUCUGUUGGUUUCCCGGAUCCGAAAUGGUGUAUCGACCUCAACAUUGCUUCUCUGGUCUGCGGGUUCGUGGGAAAUCUCUUCUUACUCUUCAAUUUCACAAAACGUAUUCGUUAUAUCGUGGCGCUACCCGCCACCAUCAUCUUUUUCUUCCUCGCCUCGGGCAUCCUAACGGCAAUCACGGCGACGAUGAAUGUCUAUGUCCCACCCAAUGCCGACCAGGUCUACUCACAAGGCUUCUGGAACGCCAUUCUAGCUGCCGCUCUCUACAUGUUCAAUUCCCUCAUUCUCUUGGUCAACAUGGCUGGAUAUUUCCUUGGCCACUAUCCCCAACAUUUCACCUUGUCUGACGAGCAAAGAAACCUCAUCCUCCAAACCAUGCUGUUUUUUAUAUGGCUGGGAGGUGGUGCUGGUGUCUUUUCCAGCAUUCAAGAGUCAUGGGGAUAUCCUGACGCUUUGUAUUUCUGUGAUGUCACUAUUUUGACCAUUGGAUUUGGCGACUAUACUCCUACCGACGACGUAGGUCGAGGUCUCGUGUUUCCUUAUUCUGUCGGCGGUACCAUCAUUCUAGGUCUCAUGGUGAGCUCCAUCCACAGAUUCGCCCGAGAGCUCAGCACAGUCAAUGUCUUGAGAAAACACGUCGAGACCCGUCGUGUGAACACAUUGUCUCGGGUCGUGAGUGUGGACGACAUGGUGUCUGAACAGAGACAUAUGCUCGAGGAUGAAUAUGCACAUGGUCUUAGACCCACCAUAUCUUCUCCUAUACCCAAUCCCCAGAUCCAGCGAGACCUCGACGCCGCGGCACAGAGAAAUGGCCUCCACCUCCAAACUAACAACAAAGCCCUUCCGAAGCAAGACCCGGCAACUGGAGACCAGUCUCAUCCAGCCCGUCGCAUCGAAUUCAACAAUACACCGAGGGCAACAUUGAAAGAACAAGCCUCCGUCGAUCAGAGUGAGCCCCACCCCAGUCAAUUCCUCGUCUCCGCUCUCCGCAGACGACCCAUCCGAAGAACCUUCAAAAUCAUCACCAAAGCCGGCGUCAAAGGCGCCAAAGGACUGAAACGGGCAACCUCGCGAUCUCAAAAAGUCAUCAUCAUGAGAGAAGAAAAAGAUCGAUUCGACGCAAUGCGAAAAAUCCAACUCAACGCCAAAACCUGGAAGAAAUGGUAUGCCCUGAUGGUCUCCAUCUGCGCCUUUGGUAUCCUGUGGUGUAUCGGCGCCGUCGUAUUCUGGCAAGCGGAGCAAAGCACUCAAAACAUGACAUAUUUCGAAGCCCUAUAUUUCUGCUACGUCAGUCUCCUGACCAUCGGAUACGGCGACCUGGCGCCGAAAAGCAAUGCUGGAAAACCGUUCUUUGUCGUAUGGUCUUUAAUCGCCGUUCCCACCAUGACGAUUCUCGUCUCCGACAUGGGCGAAACAGUCAUCUCGAGUUUCAAACGCAGUACAUUCAAAGUCGGCGAUUUCACCAUCCUUCCCAAAGCAGGUCUGUGGCAUGAUUUUCUUAGGUCUCACAGCAUGAUCUGGAACUGGAUCGUCAGUCGAGCCGAGAAAAGAAACCGUGCUAAAAGACAAUUACCAGUCGGACCGUCCGAAGACGCCGGUCUUCCCGAUCUAACGAUCGAAGACCUCGCCGACGAUAAUCCAAGUGAAGCAGAAAUGACCAAACGACUCGCCUGGGCCAUUCGUCGCACCGCAGAUGAUCUGCAACAUGCGCCUGGAAAGCGAUAUACAUAUGAACAAUGGUGUGAUUUCACGCGUCUUAUUCGAUUUAGUCGUGUGGGUCUCGAAGCAUGUGAUGAAGCGGAAGACGGUGUGGUUGAUUGGGAUUGGCUUGAGGAAACUAGUCCCAUGCUCAGUGGCCAGACGGAGUCGGAAUGGAUUCUUGAUCGCUUGUGUGAAUCGCUGCUGAGACUCUUGAAGAAGAACAUGCUUGGUUUGGCGGGUACGCCGUUGAUGGGUAACACGCCAACAUCUUCAUCAGUGAAUUUCCGGUCGCCGAUGAGUGACGGUGCUGGAACUUCGCCUUCGGCUUCGUCUUUCAGUUUCUCGCGUCGGCCGACCUUCUUUGAGAAUCAGACUUGGGAUUCGGAAUCGGGCUUGAAUACAGGUACAAGGAGGAAGAGAAGGACCAGCACCGGAACCGCUGGCACCACUGGUGCCGCGCACGGUCAGGGCCAGAGUCGGGGCCACCGUGACAAUGCCACCGAUCCCAAUAACACAUCGUUCCUGAGUCCUCCACCUUCUCUCACCACCCAACGUCGGCGACGCGCCUCAGGAGCCGACGCCCUACUCACAUUCUUCACCGGUGACCGUGGAGGUUCGCAUGCAUAUGCAACUGAGGCACCGCAAUGGAGUAGAAAGGCUCAAGAACGAGCCAAAGAACGCAGAAGGAAUAGUCUGACCAACCGUCGGCGAGGGCCUUUCAGCGGCCUCGCUCCUCCUAGUGCCACGUCUGCUGGUAGCAGCGGCGGUCUGGGGGGUGGAAGAGGUGGGGCUGGGGCGAGGACGAUGAGGAUGAGGCAGAGUGAUAGAAAGAGUAAAAGCAAGAGCAGCGAUGGGCAAAGAGACCAAGCGAAGGACAAGAAUAAAGUCCUCGCGGGGCAAGAUGAUUGAUUAAUGAUAUACUGAACUGGGUCUGACAAUAGCAUUUGAAAUCAAUAGUGAGAUCACAUGACAUAUCGAUGCUACAGCUUCAUCUGUGUCGACCAUCAUACUGGCUCCUUAUAUCACCGACGAAACAAAAAGAUCAUCAGACAUCAUUUCCGGGAGGGAUAAGAAAGAAUCCAUCAACGCACUAAGUUUGGACUUGUCUUC